AUGUGGUUGCAGACUUUAUUUAAAAAAAAUGAUAAGUCUGCUACAGGUACUAUAAUAAACGAUAAAAGAGGUAGACACGGCACGCGCAAAAAUGCCGUUCCAGAUCAAGUCAAACAAUCUUUUAGAGACCAUAUUGCACGAAUGCCAUUAGUAGACUCACACUAUGUGAGAAACAGGACAUCUAAACAGUAUCUGGAUGAACAACUGAACUUUCCAAUACUAUACAAACUUUAUUUGGAAUCGAUGAAUGAAAAACAUUCCGAUCAGGUCGUUGCGACUUCAAGACAGUAUAGGGAGAUAUUUAAGACAGAUUUUAAUAUAGACUUUAACAAACCAAAAAAAGACCAAUGUCCAAGGUGUGAUUUAUUUAAAAAUUCAACUGAGACUGACAAAACUAAGCUAGAGUAUGAGUACGCUUUACAUAUUGCAAACAAAAAUGUGGUCAGGUCUUUAAAAGAUAGUGACAAACACAGAGCUAAACGCUCUGAUUCUGUUGUAACAGCUUGUUAUGAUUUACAAAAAAUUUUGAAUACUCCUCAUUCAGAAGUGUCGGUAUUUUACUACAAAAGAAAACUUGCUACAUAUAACUUCACGAUCUAUGAUAUGGGUAAACAUAAAGGGUAUUGCUACUUGUGGGACGAGACGAUCGGACGCAAAGUAGAACGAAAUAAGUAG